CAGAACGCAGAAAAACACACACAGAGCCGGGACUCCAGCCUUCAGUCAAGGCUGUCUGAGUCGGUUUCAGCGGUCGUGUUGUGAUCGACAGAGAAUCGGAAAGCGUCACCUGCGAUCGAGAGCUGCCGGAGACUGCAAAGUGACAGACCGACAAACAUGAACUUUACCGGGAUUUCGACAAGCUGAAGAAAACAAGCCACGGGAAAGAGCAAAUCCAGAGAACCCAACACCGGCCUCCCAACGCUCAUGAAGAAGACUUCCAGUGAUGGAGACUGGGGUUCCUGAGGCAGUAGAGAGGGAGUCUCGGGGAACAGCGGAGGAAGAGGAGGAAAAUGGGUCUUCUGCAAUGAUCUGGAGCCUGGAAGAGGCGAACGAGAAGCAGACGUCUCAGAUCGGUGCCUCUGCGUGCGGCGCCACAGCCGUGAUCGACGUGCUUCAGGCGCUGGGCUUCAAUGUGGCGGCCCAGGUCGUCGACCGCUGUGUCAGGACCAACCUGCGCAAGAACGAAGCCCUCCUGCCAGAAUACCUGCUGUCCAGGAGUGUGGCAGGGACCACGUCCGCUCAGCUGGUGGCCGGUGUGGAGAGGCUCACCGGGGGUGUGGUGGUGGGCAGGUUGUUCUGCCUGUAUCCCGAGAGGCAGGUGGACCUGUGCCGGUGGCUGUGCCAGUGGAUCCGGAAGGGGGCGGUCCCCGUGGCCACCAUGAACAUGCAGGUGGGCGUGCCCCCGGGAGAGGAGAUUCCCGACGCCUGGCACCACCAGAUGGUGUUUGGGGUGGUGCCAGACACCGUCUACAUGACCAACCCUCUGGAAGCGGAGAAGGCCAGCCUGGUGAAGCAGCGGCUGUGCAGCGACUCUGUGCUGCUGGUCCGGAGGGAGGACGUUCUGAUGAGGCUGUCCGACGACACCAAGCUGUCCGCGCUGUCCCAAGUGCAGGACGACCCCCGCUGGGACCAGCUGGAUGUAGCAGGCCAGGUGGGUCAGAUGAUAUAUGAGGAGAUCACUCCGGGUGAAGGCGCUGCCACCACCCACCUGGUGAUCCCGGCCGUGUAUAAAUCAGGGAUCACUCUGUUUGCAGUGAAGGACAGCGAGCUGGGAGAGGAGCUGCUGAGUGCUGCGGACCUGCCCCUGCUGCACCCCCCUCACUGAACACACAUGCACACACACCCCUCACUGAACACACACACACACAACCCCUCACUGAACACACACACGCUCACACCCACCCCUCACUGAACACACACGCGCACACACACUCACCCCCCUCACUGAACACACACGCGCACACACACACCCCCCUCACUGAACGCACACGCACACACACCCCCCCCCCCCCUCACUGAACGCACACACACACACACACACACACACCUCUCCCCCCUCCCCUCACUGCAAACACACACCCCACCCCCGACAGUCAUGACCUUAUCAACCAGAACGCUGUCAACACAUGUUGCAUAAAGGGAUGAUGACAGGCAUUGCAAGCACGGGUCACAACGGGCUGCAUUGUAGUUGAAAGUGUAUUAUUAGUAAUAAAAUCUCUAAAGCCCCUUUCACACUGGCGCUCCUCCCCGGGUCCGGGUAGUAUAACAUUGGCUUCGUUUGGCUGAUCUAAAAUCCCGAUUCCAGUCACACCUUUAACAUUCGUUCCAGCCCUUCAAUACUGGUGGGGAUUUUAACAUUACAGAGGUAUAUAUGGGCACUCAGAGGCCCUUCUGAUCGAGGUGGUCUUCAAUGCAGGUUAUGCAUUGUUGGGCCAGGAGGUGGAGCAAUUGUAUAGAAAAAAAAAUAGUUUUUUUACUGUUUAAACUGUAAUGAAAUCAAAUAUGCUGUAAACAUUCUUUUUCUUUUUCAUUUUUCUUUUAGUGGACUGCAUGCAUUUAUUUGGUGAUUUUAAAGACAGAAUGUGUAUAAAUACAGUUUUGAAAUAAUAAAAUCAAUGUGAUUUUA